GCUGGCCCGAGGACUAAGAGGCCGCCCGACGACGCGGAUGCGGAGCCUGGGCUCCCGAGAUCAAAGCCACCGGUGCUCUCUUUGUGUCCGCUCGGGAUUCGCCGCCCUCGGGCUGUCCAUGGAAACCUAAACUGCUGGAACCUGAAGCGCAGAACCCGUCUUUGGCUCUUUGCUUUUUUUUUGGAGGGGAGGGUGGCCACUCCGACCUGGAUUUACCGUUCUUGGCCACCCUCAGCCCCCCCGUGCGGGGGGCGGCUGUGAUCGCUCUGGCGGUUGGAGGUCGGGGAGCGGCCCGGGCUCUGGCCAUGUUCUCGGAUGAGGAUUCCUGGAUCGCCCUGUGAAGAGGUCUCCCCGAGAGGGCCCUGCCCAGUCGGAGAGAGGGAUGGAUAGCCAGAAGCCGCCUGGUGAGGAUAAAGAUUCAGAACCGGCAGCUGAUGGACAUGCAGCCUCUGAGGAGUCAGGUGCCACUGAGGCAGACCUUCCCAACCCACAUGUGGUGGAGGUAUCUGUGCCCACUUCUGGGGGUCUCAGGCCUCAGGAACCACCUCAGGACUGCAGUGGGGGUCCACUGCGACGUUGCGCUCUCUGUAACUGCGGGGAGCCCAGUCUGCAUGGGCAGCGGGAGCUACGGCGCUUUGAGUUGCCAUUUGACUGGCCCCGGUGUCCAGUGGUGUCUCCUGGGGGGAACUCAGAGCACAAUGAGGCAGCACUGCCCAGUGAGGACCUAUCCCAGAUUGGUUUCCCUGAGGGCCUGACACCUGCCCACCUAGGAGAACCUGGAGGGUCCUGCUGGGCUCACCAUUGGUGUGCCGUGUGGUCGGCCGGUGUAUGGGGGAAGGGGGGCCCAGAGCUAUGUGGUGUGGACAAGGCCAUCUUCUCAGGGAUCUCACAGCGCUGCUCCCACUGCACCAGGCUCGGUGCCUCCAUCCCUUGUCGCUCACCUGGAUGCCCACGGCUUUACCACUUCCCCUGUGCCACUGCCAGCGGUUCCUUCUUAUCCAUGAAAACACUGCAGCUGCUAUGCCCGGAGCACAGUGAGGGUGCCGCACAUCUGGAGGAGGCUCGUUGUGCAGUAUGUGAGGGACCAGGGGAAUUGUGUGACCUGUUCUUCUGUACCAGUUGUGGGCAUCACUAUCAUGGGGCCUGCCUGGACACUGCUCUGACUGCCCGCAAGCGUGCUGGCUGGCAGUGCCCUGAAUGCAAAGUGUGCCAAGCCUGCAGGAAACCUGGGAAUGACUCUAAGAUGUUGGUCUGUGAGACGUGUGACAAAGGAUACCAUACCUUCUGCCUAAAACCACCUAUGGAAGAACUGCCUGCUCACUCUUGGAAGUGCAAGGCGUGCCGGGUAUGCCGGUCCUGUGGGGCAGGCUCAGCAGAGCUGAAUCCCAACUCUGAGUGGUUCGAGAACUACUCACUCUGUUAUCGCUGUCACAAAACCCAGGGAGGACAGCCUAUCAGUUCUGUUGCUGAGCAGCGUUCUGCUGUCUGUAGCAGAUUCUCACCCCCAGAGCCUGGCGAUACCCCCACUGGUGAGCCUGAUGCUCUGUACGUUGCAUGCCAAGGGCAGCCAAAGGGUGGGCACGUGACCUCUAUGCAACCGAAGGAACCGGGGCCUCUGCAAUGUGAAGCCAAACCACUAGGGAGAGCAGGGGCCCAACUUGAGCCACAGUUGGAGGCCCCCCUAAAUGAGGAGAUGCCACUGCUGCCCCCACCUGAGGAGUCGCCCCUGUCCCCACCACCUGAGGAAUCACCCACAUCCCCGCCGCCUGAGGCAUCUCGUCUGUCCCCACCGCCUGAGGAAUCACCCCUCUCUCCACCGCCUGAGGAGUCUCCUCUGUCUCCCCCACCCGAAUCAUCACCUUUUUCUCCACUGGAAGAGUCACCCUUUUCUCCACCAGAGGAGUCACCCCCAUCUCCUCCACUUGAGACACCCCUGUCCCCACCACCUGAAGCAUCACCCCUGAACCCACCAUUUGAGGAGUCUCCCCUGUCCCCACCACCCGAGGAAUUACCCACUUCCCCACCACCUGAGGCAUCUCGCCUGUCUCCACCACCUGAGGAGUCACCCAUGUCUCCACCGCCUGAGGCAUCGCGUAUGUUCCCACCAUUUGAAGAAUCACCCCUGUCCCCCCCACCAGAGGAGUCUCCCCUCUCCCCACCACCUGAGGCUUCACGCCUUUCCCCACCACCUGAGGAUUCACCCAUGUCCCCACCACCUGAAGACUCACCCAUGUCCCCCCCACCUGAGGUAUCACGCCUAUCCCUCCUGCCUGAGGUGUCGCGCCUGUCCCCCCCGCCUGAGGAGUCUCCCCUGUCCCCACCGCCUGAGGAGUCUCCCACAUCCCCUCCACCCGAGGCUUCACGUGUAUCCCCACCACCUGAGGAUUCACCCACAUCCCCACCACCUGAAGACUCCCCUGCGUCCCCGCCACCAGAGGACUUGCUCGUGUCCCUACCACUGGAGGAGUCGCCCCUGUCGCCAUUGCCUGAGGAGCUGCAAUUCUGCCCCCCACUUGAGGAAUCGCACCUAUCCCCCACAACUGAGGAGCGACGCCUGUCCCCCCGGCCUGAGGAGCCGCGUCUGUCCCCCAAGCCUGAGGAGCCACGCCUGUCCCCCAAGCCUGAGGAGCCGCGCCUGUCCCCCCGGCCUGAGGAACCGCACCUGUCCCCCGGGCCUAAGGAGCCGUGUCUGUCCCCCAAGCCUGAGGAGCUGCGUCUGUCCCCCCGGCGUGAGGAGCCGUGUCUGUCCCCCCGGCGUGAGGAGCCGCGCCUGUCCCCUCGGCCUGAGGAGCUGCGCCCGUCCCCUCGCCCUGAGGUGCCGCACCUGUCCCCUCGGCCUGAGGAGCCAUGCCUGUCCGCUGCAGCCAAGGAACUGCUUCUGCCCCGCCAGCCUGAGGAGCUGCACCUGUCCCCCCAGCCGGAAGAACCACAUCUGUCCCCGCAGCCAGAGGAAGCACGCCUGUCCCCCCAGCCUGAGGAACCACACCCAUCCCCCAUGCCUGAGGAGCGACAGCUAUCUCCUGUGCCUGAGGAGCUGCGCCUGUCCUCCCGGCCUGAGGCGCCACACCCGUCCCCCCAGCCUGAGGAGCUACACCUGUCUUCCCACCCUAAGGAACCAUGCCUGUCCCCUCGACCUGAAGAGCCCCUUGGGGAGCCAAGCCUAUGCUCUGCACCUGAGGAAUUGCCCUUGUUCCUCCCACCUGGGGAGCCACCCUUAUCCCCCGUGCUUGGAGAGCCGGCUCUGUCUGAGCCUGGGGAACCACCUCUGUCCCCUCUGCCUGAGGAGCUACCGUUGUCUCCAACUAGGGAGCCAUCCUUGUCACCUCAGCUGAUGCCACCAGAUCCACUUCCUCCUCCGCUCUCACCCAUUAUCACAGCUGUAGCCCCACCAGCCCUCUCUCCUUUGGGGGAGUUAGAGUACCCCUUUGGUGCCAAAGGGGACAGUGACCCUGAGUCACCAUUAGCUGCCCCCAUCCUAGAGACACCCAUUAGCCCUCCACCGGAAGCUAACUGCACUGACCCCGAGCCUGUACCCCCUAUGAUCCUUCCCCCAUCUCCAGGCUCCCCAAUGGGACUGGCCUCUCCCAUCCUGAUGGAGCCCCUUCCCCCUCGGUGUUCUCCACUCCUCCAGCAUUCCCUACCUCCCCAGAACUCCCCUCCUUCACAGUGCUCUCCUCCUGCUCUGCCACUGUCCAUUCCCUCCCCACUGAGUCCUGUAGAGAAGUCAAUGGAGGUGUCACAUGAGGCCGAGCCGCCUGAGAUGGAGGUUGAGAAAGCCCCAGACCCUGAGUGCCCAGCCUUGGAGCCUAGCCCUACUAGUCCUCUCCCCUCCCCCAUGGGGAACCUUUCCUGCCCUGCACCCAGUCCUGCCCCAGCCCUGGAAGACUUCUCUGGCCUGGGGGAAGACACAGCCCCUCUGGAUGGGACUGACACUCCUGAUUCCCAGCCAGAGGCUGGACAGACCCCUGGCAGUUUGGCUAGUGAACUUAAGGGUUCCCCUGUGCUCCUGGACCCCGAGGAGCUGGCCCCUGUGACCCCUAUGGAGGUCUAUGGCCCAGAGUGCAAGCAGACAGGGCAGGGCUCACCCUGUGAAGAGCAAGAGGAGCCACGUGCACCAGUGGCCCCUAUCCCACCUGUUCUCAUCAAAUCCGACAUCGUUAAUGAGAUCUCCAAUCUGAGCCAGGGCGAUGCCAGUGCCAGUUUUCCUGGCUCAGAGCCCCUGCUGGGCUCUCCUGACCCCGAGGGGGGCGGCUCCUUGUCUAUGGAGUUGGGGGUAUCUACAGAUGUUAGUCCAGCUCGAGAUGAAGGCUCCCUUCGGCUCUGUACUGACUCUCUGCCAGAGACUGAUGACUCGCUAUUGUGUGACACUGGGGCAGCUGUCGGUGGAGGCAAAGCUGAAGGGGACAAGGGGAAGCGGCGCAGCUCCCCAGCUCGUUCCCGCAUAAAACAGGGUCGCAGCAGUAGUUUCCCAGGAAGACGCCGGCCACGUGGAGGAGCACAUGGAGGACGUGGGAGAGGACGGGCCCGGCUAAAAUCAACCACUUCUUCCAUUGAGACUCUGGUAGUUGCUGAUAUCGAUAGCUCUCCCAGCAAGGAGGAAGAAGAUGAUGAUGACGACACCAUGCAAAAUACUGUGGUUCUCUUCUCCAAUACAGACAAGUUUGUCCUAAUGCAGGACAUGUGUGUAGUAUGUGGCAGCUUUGGCCGGGGGGCAGAGGGCCACCUCCUUGCCUGUUCCCAGUGUUCGCAGUGCUAUCACCCAUACUGUGUCAACAGCAAGAUCACCAAGGUGAUGCUAUUAAAAGGCUGGCGUUGUGUGGAGUGCAUCGUGUGUGAGGUGUGCGGCCAGGCCUCAGACCCCUCACGCCUGCUGCUCUGUGAUGACUGUGACAUUAGCUACCACACCUACUGCCUGGACCCCCCACUGCUCACCGUGCCCAAGGGCGGCUGGAAGUGCAAGUGGUGUGUGUCUUGUAUGCAGUGUGGAGCCGCCUCCCCUGGCUUCCACUGUGAAUGGCAGAACAGUUACACACACUGUGGGCCCUGUGCCAGCCUGGUGACCUGCCCUAUCUGUCAUGCCCCAUAUGUGGAAGAGGACCUUCUGAUCCAGUGCCGCCAUUGUGAACGGUGGAUGCAUGCUGGCUGCGAGAGCCUCUUCACAGAGGAUGAUGUGGAGCAGGCAGCCGAUGAGGGCUUUGACUGUGUCUCCUGCCAGCCUUAUGUAAUUAAGCCUGCUGCACCUGUUGCGCCUCCAGAGUUGGUACCUAUGAAGGUGAAAGAGCCAGAGCCCCAGUACUUUCGCUUUGAGGGUGUGUGGCUGACAGAAACUGGCAUGGCUGUGCUGCGUAACCUUACCAUGUCACCCCUACACAAGCGGCGCCAGCGGCGAGGACGGCUUGGCCUCCCAGGCGAGGCUGGGCUGGAAGGUUCUGAGCCCUCAGAUGCCCUUGGCCCUGAUGACAAGAAGGAUGGGGACCUAGACACUGAAGAGCUGCUCAAGGGUGAAGGUGGUGUGGAGCACAUGGAGUGUGAAAUUAAACUGGAGGGCCCCAUCAGCCCUGACGUAGAGCCUGGCAAGGAGGAGACUGAGGAGAGUAAAAAACGCAAACGCAAACCCUAUCGGCCUGGCAUUGGUGGUUUCAUGGUGCGACAGCGGAAAUCCCACACACGUGUGAAAAAGGGGCCUGCUGCACAGGCGGAGGUGUUGAGUGGGGAUGGGCAGCCCGACGAGGUGAUGCCUGCUGACCUGCCUGCUGAGGGCCCUGUGGAACAGAGCCCAGCAGAUGCAGAAGAGAAGAAGAAGCAGCAGCGGCGAGGGCGCAAGAAGAGCAAACUAGAGGACAUGUUUCCUGCUUACCUGCAGGAGGCCUUCUUUGGGAAGGAGCUGUUGGACCUGAGCCGGAAGGCCCUUUUUGCAGUUGGGGUGGGCCGGCCAAGCUUUGCACUAGGAACCCCAAAAGCCAAGGGGGAUGGAGGCUCAGAUAGGAAGGAGCUCCCCACCUUACAGAAAGGAGAUGAUGGUACAGAGGUUGCCGAUGAAGAAUCCCGUGGUGCUGAGGGCAAGGCUGAUACACCAGGACCUGAGGAUGGGGGUGUAAAGGCAUCCCCAGUGCCCAGUGACCCCGAGAAGCCAGGAACCCCGGGAGAAGGGAUGCUUAGCUCUGACUUAGACAGGAUUCCUACAGAAGAACUGCCCAAGAUAGAAUCCAAGGACCUGCAGCAGCUCUUCAAGGAUGUUCUGGGUUCUGAACGAGAGCAGCAUCUGGGUUGUGGAACCCCUGGCCUAGAUGGCAGCCGUACACCGCUGCAGAGGCCCUUUCUUCAAGGUGGACUCCCUUUGGGCAAUCUCCCCUCCAGCAGCCCAAUGGACUCCUAUCCAGGCCUCUGCCAGUCCCCAUUCUUGGAUUCUAGGGAGCGCGGGGGCUUCUUUAGCCCAGAACCAGGUGAACCAGACAGUCCCUGGACAGGCUCAGGGGGCACCACGCCCUCCACCCCCACCACCCCCACCACGGAAGGUGAGGGCGACGGGCUCUCCUAUAACCAGCGGAGUCUUCAGCGCUGGGAGAAGGAUGAGGAGUUGGGCCAACUCUCCACUAUCUCGCCUGUGCUGUAUGCCAACAUUAACUUUCCCAAUCUCAAGCAAGAUUACCCAGACUGGUCUAGCCGUUGCAAACAAAUCAUGAAGCUCUGGAGAAAAGUUCCAGCUGCUGACAAAGCCCCCUAUCUGCAAAAGGCCAAAGAUAACCGGGCGGCUCACCGCAUCAACAAGGUGCAAAAGCAGGCUGAGAGCCAGAUCAACAAGCAGACCAAGGUGGGCGACAUGGCCCGUAAGACUGACCGACCGGCCCUACAUCUCCGCAUUCCCCCCCAGCCAGGGGCACUGGGCAGUCCGCCCCCUGCUGCGGCCCCCACCAUUUUCAUUGGCAGCCCCACUACCCCCGCCGGCUUGUCUACCUCUGCGGAUGGGUUCCUGAAGCCGCCGGCGGGCACGGUGCCUGGCCCCGACUCGCCGGGUGAGCUCUUCCUCAAGCUCCCACCCCAGGUGCCCGCCCAAGUGCCUUCGCAGGACCCCUUUGGACUGGCCCCUGCUUACGCUCUGGAGCCCCGCUUCCCUACGGCACCAUCUACCUAUCCUCCCUAUCCUAGUCCGACUGGGGCUCCUGUGCAGCCCCCGACGCUGGGCACCUCAUCUCGUCCUGGGACUGGCCAGCCAGGGGAAUUCCACACUACCCCACCUGGCACCCCCCGACACCAGCCCUCCACACCUGACCCCUUCCUCAAACCCCGCUGCCCCUCAUUGGACAACCUGGCUGUGCCUGAGAGCCCAGGAGUAGGGGGUGGCAAGGCUUCCGAGCCCCUGCUGUCACCCCCGCCUUUUGGGGAGUCUCGGAAAGCCCUGGAGGUGAAGAAGGAAGAGCUUGGGGCAGCCUCUCCUAGCUAUGGGCCUCCAAAUCUGGGCUUUGUUGACUCACCCUCCUCAGGCCCCCACCUGGGCAGCCUGGAGUUAAAGGCACCUGAUGUCUUUAAAGCUCCCCUGACCCCUCGGGCAUCUCAGGUAGAGCCCCAGAGCCCGGGCUUGGGCCUAAGGCCCCAGGAGCCAUCCCCUGCCCAGGCUUUGGCCCCUUCUCCCCCCAGCCACUCGGAUAUCUUUCGCCCUGGCCCCUACCCUGACCCUUAUGCUCAGCCCCCAUUGACUCCUCGGCCCCAGCCCCCAGCCCCUGAGAGCUGCUGUGCCCUACCCCCUCGAUCACUCCCCUCUGACCCUUUCUCCCGAGUGCCUGCUAGUCCCCAGUCCCAGUCCAGCUCCCAGUCCCCAUUGACACCCCGUCCUCUGUCUGCUGAGGCUUUCUGUCCCUCUCCUGUGACCCCUCGCUUCCAGUCCCCUGACCCUUAUUCCCGCCCACCCUCUCGCCCUCAGUCCCGUGACCCAUUUGCCCCAUUGCAUAAGCCACCCCGACCCCAGCCCCCUGAAGUUGCCUUUAAGUCUGGGCCUCUAGCUCAUACUCCACUGGGGGCUGGGGGAUUCCCAGCAGCCCUGCCCUCAGGGCCAGCAGGUGAGCUCCAUGCCAAGGUCCCAAGUGGGCAGCCCCCAAAUUUCGCCCGAUCCCCUGGGACGGGUGCAUUUGUGGGCACGCCCUCUCCCAUGCGUUUCACUUUCCCUCAGGCAGUCGGGGAGCCCUCUUCCCUAAAGCCCCCUGUCCCUCAGCCUGGUCUCCCUCCACCCCACGGGAUCAACAGCCAUUUUGGGCCUGGCCCUACUAUGGGCAAGCCUCAAAGCACAAACUACUCAGUAGCCACAGGGAACUUCCACCCAUCGGGUAGCCCUCUGGGACCCAGCAGCGGGUCCACAGGAGAGGGCUAUGGGCUGUCCCCGCUACGCCCACAGUCAGUCCUACCACCACCUGUACCCGAUGGAUCCCUCCCCUACCCACCCCACGGAGCCUCACAGCGGGCUGGCAUCACCUCUCCAGUCGAUAAACGAGAAGACCCAGGAGCUGGAAUGGCCGGCUCUUUGGCAGCACCUGAACUUCCAGGUACCCAGGACCCAGGCAUCUCCAGCCUCAGCCAGACAGAGCUAGAGAAGCAACGGCAGCGCCAGCGACUGCGAGAGCUGCUGAUUCGGCAACAGAUCCAGCGCAAUACCCUGCGGCAGGAGAAGGAAACAGCUGCAGCAGCUGCAGGAGCAGUGGGGCCUCCAGGGAACUGGGGUACUGAGCCCAGCAACCCUGCCUUUGAGCAGCUGAGUCGAGGCCAGACCCCCUUUUCUGGAACCCAGGAUAAGAGUAACCUUGGGCUGCCCUCAAACAAGCUGGGUGGCCCCAUCCUAGGGCCAGGGGCUUUCCCAAGUGAUGACCGACUCUCCCGGCCACCUCCACCAGCCACCCCUUCCUCUAUGGAUGUGAAUAGCCGGCAACUGGUGGGAGGCUCCCAAGCCUUCUAUCAGCGAGCACCCUAUCCUGGGUCCCUGCCCUUACAGCAGCAGCAGCAACACCUCUGGCAGCAGCAGCAGCAAGCAACAGCAGCAAACUCCAUGAGACUUGCCAUGUCUACUCGCUUUUCAUCAACUCCUGGGCCUGAACUUGGCCGCCAAAACUUAGGUUCCCCCUUGGCAGGACUUCCUACUCGCCUGCCCGGCCCUGGCGAGCCAGUGCCUGGUCCAGCUGGUCCUGCCCAGUUCAUUGAGUUGCGGCACAAUGUACAAAAAGGACUAGGACCUGGGGGGCCUCCAUUUCCUGGUCAGGGUCCCCCUCAGAGACCCCGAUUUUACCCUGUAAGUGAGGACUCCCACCGAUUGGCUCCUGAAGGGCUUCGUGGUCUAACGGCAUCAGGCCUUCCCCCACAGAAACCCUCAGCCCCGCUGGCCCCUGAACUGAACAAUAGCCUCCAUCCAGCGCCCAAUACCAAAGGUCCCACCCUGCCCCCUGGCUUGGACCUGGUCAGCCGGCCCCCAUCGAGCACUGAGCUUGGCCGCCCCCCUCCUCUGGUCUUGGAAGCUGGGAAAUUACCCUGUGAGGACCCUGAGCUGGAUGAUGACUUUGAUGCCCACAAGGCCCUGGAGGAUGAUGAACUUGCUCACUUGGGCUUGGGUGUAGAUGUGGCCAAGGGAGAUGAUGAGCUGGGCACCCUGGAAAACCUGGAGACCAACGAUCCCCACCUGGAUGACCUGCUCAAUGGAGAUGAGUUUGACCUACUGGCCUAUACUGACCCUGAGUUGGACACUGGAGACAAGAAGGACAUCUUCAAUGAGCACCUGAGGCUGGUGGAGUCAGCCAAUGAAAAGGCUGAGCGGGAGGCCCUGUUGCGGGGGGUGGAGCCAGGACCCCUGGGCCCUGAGGAACGCCCUCCCCCUGCUGCUGAUGCUUCUGAGCCCCGUCUGGCACCAGUGCUCCCUGAGGUGAAGCCCAAGGUGGAGGAGGGUGGACGCCACCCUUCCCCUUGCCAAUUCACCAUUACCAACCCCAAGGUAGAGCCAGCACCUGCCACCACUUCCCUAGGCCUGGGACUGAAGCCAGGACAGAGUGUGAUGGGCAGCCGGGACACACGGAUGGGCACAGGACCCUUUUCUAGCAGUGGGCACACUGGAGCCACAGGAGGACCACCAGCUCACCUGCUGACUCCUAACCCACUGAGUGGCCCAGGAGGGUCCUCUCUGCUGGAGAAGUUUGAAUUAGAGAGUGGAGCCCUGACCUUGCCUGGUGGACAUGCAGCAUCUGGGGAUGAGUUGGACAAAAUGGAGAGCUCCCUGGUCGCUAGCGAGUUACCGCUGCUUAUUGAAGACCUGCUGGAGCAUGAGAAGAAAGAGCUGCAGAAGAAACAGCAGCUGUCAGCACAGCUACAGCCGGCCCAGCAGCAACAGCAGCAUUCUCUACUGUCCACACCAGGCCCUGCCCAGGCCAUGUCUUUGCCACAUGAGGGUUCUUCUUCCACUUUGGCUGGGCCCCAACAACAGCUUGCCCUGGGACUUGGAGGUUCCCGACAGCCAGGCUUGGCCCAACCAUUGAUGCCCACCCAGCCACCAGCUCAUGCCCUUCAGCAGCGCCUGGCCCCAUCCCUGGCCAUGGUGUCCAACCAAGGGCAUAUGAUAAGUGGGCAGCAUGGAGGGCAGGCAGGCUUGGUGUCCCAGCAGAGUCCACAACCAGUGCUGGCACAGAAGCCCAUGGGUACCAUGCCACCCUCCAUGUGCAUGAAACCCCAACAGCUGGCGAUGCAGCAGCAGCUGGCGAACAGCUUCUUCCCAGAUACAGACCUGGACAAAUUUGCUGCAGAAGAUAUCAUUGAUCCCAUUGCAAAGGCCAAGAUGGUAGCUUUGAAAGGCAUCAAGAAGGUGAUGGCUCAGGGCAGCAUUGGAGUAGCGCCUGGUAUGAACAGGCAGCAAGUGUCCUUGCUAGCCCAGAGGCUCUCAGGGGGGACUGGCAGUGAUCUGCAGAACCAUGUAGCAGCUGGGAGUGGCCAGGAGAGGAAUGCUGGUGACCCCUCCCAGGCUCGUCCCAAUCCACCCACUUUUGCCCAGGGAGUGAUCAAUGAGGCUGACCAGCGGCAGUAUGAAGAGUGGCUAUUCCAUACCCAACAGCUCCUACAGAUGCAGCUGAAGGUACUAGAGGAGCAGAUUGGUGUGCACCGCAAAUCCCGGAAGGCUCUGUGUGCCAAACAGCGUACUGCCAAAAAGGCUGGCCGGGAGUUCCCAGAAGCUGAUGCUGAGAAGCUCAAGUUGGUUACAGAGCAGCAGAGCAAGAUCCAGAAACAGCUGGAUCAGGUCCGGAAGCAACAGAAGGAGCACACAAAUCUCAUGGCAGAAUAUCGGAAUAAGCAGCAGCAGCAGCAGCAGCAGCAGCAGCAGCAACAGCAGCAGCAGCAGCAGCAGCAGCAGCAGCAGCAGCAGCAACAACAACAACACUCAGCGGUGCUGGCCCUUAGCCCUUCCCAGAGUCCUCGGCUACUCACCAAGCUCCCUGGUCAGCUGCUCCCUGGCCAUGCGCUACAGCCACCACAGGGGCCCCCUGGUGGGCAAGCUGCUGGACUUCGUCUGCCCCCAGGGGGCAUGGCACUACCUGGACAGCCUGGUGGCCCCUUCCUCAACACAACCUUGGCCCAACAACAACAGCAGCAACAUUCUGGCGGGGCUGGAGCCCUGGCUGGCCCCUCAGGGGGCUUUUUUCCUGGCAAUCUUGCUCUUCGAGGCUUGGGACCUGAAUCGAGACUUUUGCAGGAAAGGCAGCUACAGCUACAGCAGCAACGUAUGCAGCUUGCCCAGAAACUGCAACAGCAGCAGCAGCAGCAGCAGCACCUCCUAGGGCAGGUGGCAAUCCAGCAGCAACAGCAGCAGGGACCUGGGAUACAGGCAAACCAGGCUCUGGGUCCCAAGCCCCAAGGGCUUCUGCCUUCCAGCAGCCAUCAGGGCCUCUUAGUCCAGCAGCUGUCCCCUCAACCACCCCAGGGGCCCCAGGGCAUGCUGGGCCCUGCCCAGGUGGCAGUGUUGCAGCAGCAGCAACCACACCCUGGAGCUUUGGGGUCUCAGGGUCCUCACAGACAGGUGCUUCUGACCCAGUCCCGGGUACCAAGUUCACCUCAGCUGGCACAGCAAAGUCAGGGCCUUAUGGGACACCGACUGGUCACAGCCCAGCAGCAGCAGCAGCAGCAGCACCAACAGCAGGGACCCAUGGCAGGGCUUUCUCAUCUUCAGCAGGGUCUCAUGCCACAUAGUGGGCAGCCCAAGCUUAGCACUCAGCCAAUGGCCUCCUUACAGCUACAGCAGCAGCAGCAGCAGCAGCUACAACAGCAGCAACAGCUACAACAGCAACAGCAGCUACAGCAGCAGCAGCAGCAGCUACAGCAGCAACAGCAGCAGCAGAUCCAACAGCAACAACAGCUACAACAGCAGCAGCUACAACAGCAACAGCUGCAACAGCAGCAACAGCAGCUGCAACAGCAGCAACAGCUACAGCAGCAGCAACAGCAGCAGCUUCAACAGCAACAACAGCUACAACAGCAGCAGCAGCAACUACAACAGCAGCAGCUACAACAGCAACAGCAGCUUCAACAGCAGCAACAGCAGCAGAUAGGCCUCUUAAACCAGAGUCGAACUUUACUGUCUCCUCAGCAACAGCAGCAGCAAGUGACUCUUGGUCCUGGAAUGCCAGCCAAGCCUCUGCAACAACACUUUUCUAGCCCCGGAACCUUGGGCCCAACCCUCCUCCUAACGGGCAAGGAACAAAGCAUUGUAGAGACCACUCUUCCUCCAGAGGCCACUGAGGGGCCCUCCACACAUCAGGGAGGUGUAGCAAUAGGGUCUGUACCUGAGGCAGUGCCCACUGAACCAGGGGAAGUAAAGCCCUCACUCUCUGGGGACUCACAACUCCUGCUUGUCCAACCCCAGGCCCAGCCUCAGCCCAACCCUGUGCCACUGCAGCCACCUCUGAGGCUCCAAGGACAGCAGCAGCAAGUUAACUUGCUCCACACAGCAGGUGUGGGCAGCCAUGGGCAAUCAAACAGUGGAUCAUCUUCAGAGGCCUCUUCUGUGCCACACCUGCUGACCCAAUCCUCUGUUUCCUUAGGGGAGCAGCCUGGGCCCAUAACUCAGAACCUUCUGGGCUCCCAACAGCACCAUGGACUAGAGCGGCCCUUGCAAAAUAAUGCAGGGCCACAGCCUGCCAAACCAGGAUCUGUCCCCCAGUCUGGGCAGGGCCUGCCCGGGGCUGGAGUCAUGCCUACGGUGGGUCAGUUUCGAGCACAGCUCCAAGGAGUUUUGGCCAAAAACCCACAGUUGCGGCACUUGAGCCCUCAGCAGCAGCAGCAGCUGCAGGCACUCCUCAUGCAGCGGCAGCUACAGCAGAGUCAGGCCAUACGCCAGGCCCCAUCCUAUCAGGAGCCUGGGACCCAGCCCUCUCCCCUCCAGGGCCUCCUAGGCCGCCAGCCCCAAGUUGGGGGCUUCCCUGGAUCUCAGACAGGGCCUCUCCAGGAGCUAGGGGCAGGACUUCGACCUCAGGGCCCACCCCGGCUCCCUGCCCCACAAGGAGCCUUAUCAACUGGACCAGUCCUUGGUCCUGUUCAUCCCACACCUCCACCAUCUAGCCCACAAGAGCCAAAGAGACCUUCACAAUUACCGUCCCCUAGUUCCCAGCUCCCCUCGGAGGCCCAGCUCCCUCCCACACAGCCAGGGACCCCAAAACCCCAAGCGCUGCCCUUGGAGCUGCCUCCUGGGAAGAUCUCACCUGCUGCUGCCCAGCUUGCAGAUACCUUAUUUGGCAAAGGGUUGGGACCUUGGAAUCCUCCAGACAACCUAGCGGAAGCCCAGAAGCCGGAGCAGAGCAGCCUGGUACCUGGGCAUCCAGAGCAGGUGAAUGGGCAGGCGGUGCCCGAACCAUCCUAUCUCAGCAUCAAGCAGGAGCCUCGGGAAGAGCCAUGUGCCCUGGGAGCCCAGGUGGUGAAGAGGGAGGCCAAUGGGGAGCCAAUAGGGACACCAGGUACCAGCAACCACCACCUGCUGGCAGGCCCCCGCUCAGAGGCCGGGCAUCUGCUCUUGCAGAAGCUUCUACGUGCAAAGAAUGUGCAACUCAGCACUGGGCGGGGGCCCGAGGGGCUGCGAACAGAGAUCAACGGGCACAUUGACAGCAAGUUGGCUGGGCUGGAGCAGAAACUACAGGGUACCCCCAGCAAUAAGGAGGAUACAGCAGCCAGGAAACCUUUGACACCGAAGCCCAAGCGGGUACAGAAGGCAAGCGACAGGUUGGUGAGCUCCCGAAAGAAGCUGCGGAAGGAGGACGGGGUCAGGGCCAGCGAGGCCUUGCUGAAACAGCUAAAACAGGAGCUGUCCCUGCUGCCCCUAACGGAGCCUACCAUCACCGCCAAUUUUAGCCUCUUUGCUCCCUUUGGCAGUAGCUGCCCAAUCAAUGGGCAGUGCCAGCUGAGGGGGACCUUUGGAAGUGGGGCACUACCCACUGGCCCUGACUACUAUUCUCAGCUGCUUACCAAGAAUAACCUGAGUAACCCGCCGACACCACCCUCGUCGCUGCCCCCCACCCCACCCCCAUCGGUGCAGCAGAAGAUGGUGAAUGGCGUCACUGCAUCUGAAGAGCUGGGGGAGCACCCCAAGGAUGCCGCCUCUGCCCGGGAUACUGAAGGAACACUGAGGGAUGCUUCAGAGGUGAAGAGUCUAGACCUGCUGGCCGCCUUGCCUACACCCCCUCACAAUCAGACUGAGGAUGUCAGGAUGGAGAGUGAUGAGGACAGCGAUUCUCCUGACAGCAUUGUGCCGGCUUCAUCCCCCGAGAGCAUCCUGGGGGAGGAGGCACCUCGUUUCCCUCAGCUGGGCUCAGGGGAGUGGGAGCAGGAAGACCGGGCUCUCUCCCCUGUAAUCCCCAUCAUUCCUCGGGCCAGCAUUCCAGUCUUCCCAGAUACCAAACCUUAUGGGGCUCUAGACCUGGAGGCCCCUGGAAAGCUGCCUGCCACAACUUGGGAAAAGGGCAAAGGAAGUGAGGUGUCAGUCAUGCUGACCGUCUCUGCUGCUGCAGCCAAGAAUCUGAAUGGUGUGAUGGUGGCAGUGGCAGAGCUGCUAAGCAUGAAGAUCCCCAACUCCUAUGAGGUGCUGUUCCCAGAGAGCCCUGCCCGGGCAGGCAUUGAGCCUAAGAAGGGGGACGCUGAGGGCCCUGGUGGGAAAGAAAAGAGUCUGGGAGGCAAGAGCCCAGAAGCUGGCCCUGACUGGCUAAAGCAAUUUGAUGCCGUGUUGCCUGGCUAUACUCUCAAGAGCCAGCUAGACAUCUUGAGCCUCCUGAAACAGGAGAGCCCUAUCCCAGAGCCACCCACCCAACACAGCUACACCUACAAUGUCUCCAAUCUGGACGUUCGACAGCUCUCCGCCCCACCUCCUGAAGAACCCUCCCCACCCCCAUCCCCCUUGGCACCCUCUCCUGUCCCCUCGCCUCUGCCCCUGGCCUCCUCCCCUGAAUCGACCCGGCCCAAGCCCCGAGCCCGGCCCUCUGAAGAAGGUGAAGAUUGCCGGUCCCCUCGGCUCAAGAAGUGGAAAGGGGUGCGCUGGAAGCGUCUGCGGCUGCUCCUGACCAUCCAGAAGAGCAGUGGGCAGCAGGAGGAUGAGCGGGAAGUGGCAGAGUUUAUGGAACAACUUGGCACAGCCCUGCGACCUGACAAGGUGCCUCGAGACAUGCGGCGCUGCUGCUUCUGUCAUGAGGAGGGUGAUGGGGCCACUGAUGGGCCUGCCCGUUUGCUGAACCUGGACCUGGAUCUGUGGGUGCACCUCAACUGUGCCCUGUGGUCCACGGAGGUCUAUGAGACCCAGGGUGGGGCACUGAUGAAUGUGGAAGUGGCCCUCCACCGAGGACUGCUAACCAAGUGCUCCUUGUGCCAGCGCACCGGUGCCACCAGCAGCUGCAAUCGCAUGCGUUGUCCCAACGUCUACCAUUUUGCCUGUGCCAUCCGCGCCAAGUGCAUGUUCUUUAAGGACAAGACCAUGCUGUGUCCAGUGCAUAAGAUCAAAGGGCCCUGUGAGCAAGAGCUGAGUUCUUUUGCUGUCUUCCGGCGGGUCUACAUUGAGCGGGAUGAGGUGAAGCAAAUCGCUAGCAUAAUCCAGCGGGGAGAGCGGCUGCACAUGUUCCGGGUAGGGGGCCUUGUGUUCCAUGCCAUUGGACAGCUGCUCCCUCAUCAGAUGGCCGACUUUCAUAGUGCCACUGCCCUUUAUCCCGUUGGCUACGAAGCCACACGCAUCUACUGGAGCCUUCGCACCAACAACCGCCGCUGCUGCUACCGCUGCUCUAUUGGUGAGAACAACGGUCGGCCGGAGUUCAUAAUCAAAGUCAUGGAGCAGGGCCUGGAGGACCUGGUCUUCACUGAUGCCUCUCCCCAGGCUGUGUGGAAUCGCAUCAUAGAGCCUGUGGCUGCCAUGAGAAAAGAGGCCGACAUGCUGAGGCUCUUCCCUGAGUACCUGAAAGGCGAGGAACUCUUUGGACUGACGGUGCACGCUGUGCUGCGCAUAGCUGAAUCACUGCCUGGAGUGGAGAGCUGUCAAAACUAUUUAUUCCGCUAUGGACGCCACCCCCUAAUGGAGCUACCACUCAUGAUCAACCCCACUGGUUGUGCCCGAUCAGAGCCUAAAAUCCUCACACACUACAAACGGCCCCACACCCUGAACAGCACCAGCAUGUCCAAGGCAUAUCAGAGCACCUUCACAGGCGAGACUAACACCCCGUACAGCAAGCAGUUUGUGCACUCCAAGUCAUCUCAGUAUCGGCGGCUGCGCACUGAGUGGAAGAACAAUGUGUAUCUGGCUCGCUCCCGCAUCCAGGGCCUGGGGCUUUAUGCAGCCAAGGACCUAGAAAAGCACACAAUGGUCAUUGAGUACAUUGGCACCAUCAUUCGCAACGAGGUGGCCAACCGGCGGGAGAAAAUCUAUGAGGAGCAGAAUCGAGGCAUCUACAUGUUCCGGAUAAACAAUGAACAUGUGAUUGAUGCUACAUUGACCGGAGGCCCUGCCAGGUACAUUAACCAUUCCUGUGCCCCUAACUGUGUGGCAGAAGUUGUGACAUUUGACAAAGAGGAUAAAAUCAUCAUCAUCUCCAGCCGGCGAAUCCCCAAAGGAGAGGAGCUGACCUAUGACUAUCAGUUUGACUUUGAGGACGAUCAGCACAAGAUCCCCUGCCACUGUGGAGCCUGGAAUUGUCGGAAAUGGAUGAAUUAAAAAGCUUUGAGGCUAC